AUGACGACGUCUUCUUCACUUUUUUAUUUUUUACUCAUCGGGCUUACUGUAGCGGCGCCGGUGCCGUUACCCCUCGAGGAGGACUUCAAUGUGUUCCAUACCAAGCAGGAGAAUCAUGAACAAAGAUUCCUGCGCGUCGAUCAGAACAAGGAUAAAGUGGUGACGUUCGACGAGUUUUUGCAUAUGGAGUUGGCGUAUGUGGACGCGAAGAAGGAGGAGUUUGACACGUUGGAUAAGAAUCACGACGGAAAAGUGAGUCUUGCCGAGUACGAGGAGCACUUCCAUGAGGCGUCGAGCAAGAACGAGAAGUCGAGAACCGCCUACUUUGCUAAAGUUUUUGAGGACUUUGACGAGGACUUCAACAUGGCGUUGAGUCGUGACGAGUUGGAGCGUGUGCUCGCUGAGAGGUUCUUAGUGAAACCGAGAGAAAACUUCCCCAAAUUGUUCUUCAAGUUCGAUGUGGAUAAGUCGGGAGGACUUGAUUUGACUGAAUACAUGAAAUUCGACGCCGAGUUCCCAUUCGACCAAACCGAUCCAGUCGGCGGAGCUCCCUCGAAAGCCAACUCUCACGACGAUCAAAUGCAUACCGAGGUCCCCCAAGACGCCGACGCCGCCGCCAUCGCCGCCGUCUUGGCUCAAGCGUCGCCGACGUUGAAUAAGAGUCCGGCUGGAGCAGUGCAUCAUGAGGGUCCUGGACUCCAUCCGGUUGCUCCUGGAGCUUUUCAGCCGGCGGUGCCGAUUAAGAAGGUGUAA